CCAUCGUGGCGGCUGCGGGGACCCCAGCCUCGAGGAGGUGCUCGUGGAGGAGGGCCGGGGUGGCGCUUCAGCACCAUUGUGGGCCGGACAGCGCCCCCACUCCUGGCCCUCGGAACUCACGCUUCUGAGCCCCUCGGAAGGGACCCGACGGAAGACCCUGAAGGGACUCCGACCCCUCGGGGCCGCACCUGACAGCCUCCCAGGGGCCUUCAGCUUGCGAAGCUGGAAUUCAGGAACCCACCUCUCCCUUCUGGAAGCCCCCUCCUCUUUCCUCCUUGCGCCACCCGCCGCGGUGGGGAAUAAGCGGCCCAGAGUUGCGGCGGGGCGGGUCACACACUUGCUAAUGAUGCAACUGUCCCCCGGACAUCGGGUUACCAAAGUUUUACUAAAGAGCAGCUCAGAGGGGUGCUGGGGACGGGAGAGCGGGAGAUCCUACGAGUCCAGAAGCCUGCAAGCUCCGCCCGGGAAAUCGAGUCACACGUUUAACGACUGGCGCUAGGACCCAGGACAGCCAGAAAAGGGAAGCCUGGUGGCUGGGUCGCGGGACUCCUAGAGUCAAGGCGGGGAGAGGCGGGCGCUAGGGCCCCGCGGAGUUCCGCCGGUGGGCGGGGCGCGCGCAGCCGCAGACGGCGGCCGGAUGGAGCCCGAAGUCGAUCCCGCGGCCGUGGAGGUUCCCGCGGGACGCGUGCUCAGCGCCCGGGAGCUCCUCGCCGCCCGCUCGCGGUCCCAGAAGCUGCCCCAGCGCUCUCAUGGCCCCAAGGACUUCCUCCCCGACGGAUCGGCGGCCCAGGCCGAGCGGCUGCGCCUGUGCCGCCAGGAGCUCUGGCAGCUGCUGGCGGAGGAGCGCGUGGAGCGCCUGGGCAGCUUGGUGGUCGCCGAGUGGAGGCCGGAAGAAGGUUUCGUGGAGUUGAAGUCUCCUGCGGGUAAAUUCUGGCAGACCAUGGGCUUUUCAGAGCAGGGCCGGCAGCGACUUCACCCCGAAGAGGCUUUGUAUCUUCUGGAGUGUGGCUCCAUUCAGCUCUUCCACCAAGACCUGCCGCUGUCCAUCCAGGAGGCCUACCAGCUGCUGCUGUCCGAGGACACUGUGACUUUCCUGCAGUACCAGGUCUUCAGCCACCUGAAGAGACUGGGCUAUGUGGUUCGACGAUUCCAGCCAAGCUCUGUCCUGUCCCCUUACGAGAGGCAGCUCAACUUGGAUGGCAGCGCCCAGCACCUGGUGGAUCAGAGGGGCAAGAGGAAGAGGAAGAACUCCAGUUCUCGGUCCAUUCCUAAGAAGCCCAAGUCCCCAGAGACCCCCUUGCAUGGAGUAGAUGGGACACGUGAGAGCCUGGCAACCUCAAGCCCACCUCCCUGCAAACAGAUCAGCCGAUGCUCAGAGGAGAACCUUCAAGAGUCAAGCCUUGGGAAGGGCCCUGAGGGCCACUGUCAGCUUCUGGGGUCCCUGGAGGCCUGGCCUGGUCUGGCCAGGGAGGGGGUAGGGAACAGCCGGGAAAGCGGCAAAGUGGAGAAUGGGGUCCAGGGGCCCUGUAAGCCGCGCUGGAACUUCAAGCAGAUCUCCUUCCCCAACGUGGCCCCAGACAGCCGCCACACCCUCCUGCUUGCUCCAGCCCCAGAGCUUCUCCCAGCCAACGUCGCUGGGCGGGAGGCGGACGCUGAGUCCUGGUGCCAGAAGCUGAACCAGCGGAAGGACAAGCUCUCCCGGCGGGAACAGGCACAACAGGCAGAGGCCCAGCACUUCCGGGAGGAUGUGAACGCGGAUCCGGAGGUGCAGCGCUGCUCCAGCUGGCGGGAGUACAAGGAGCUGCUGCAGAGGCGGCGCCUGCAGCGGACCCAGAGCUGCCCCCCACACCUGUGGGACCAGCCCGUCACCCCCUUGCUGAGCCCCGGCCAGGCCGACUCCCCAGCCGCAGCCCUCCAGCAUCUCUCCGUGCUGCAGACUGUGCACCUCGCUGAUGGAGGGGCCUGGCUGCGUGAGAAGUCUGGGGGCUUGGAGAUCAGCUUCGAUGUUUACCAGGCUGACGCCGUGGCCACUUUCCGAAAGAAUAACCCCAGCCAGCCCUAUGCUCGGAUGUGUGUCAGCAGAUUUGAGGAGCCAGUCCCAGACCUCUGUACUUUGAAGCGGUUGUCCUACCAGAGUGGGGACGUCCCCCUCAUCUUUGCCCUGAUGGAUCAUGGAGACAUCUCCUUCUACAGUUUCAGGGACUUCACAUUGCCCAGGGAUCUGGAGCACUGACCAUGAAGCUCCUCCCCUUUGGGGACCUGGACUCCGCUCUCAGGGACCGUCUCAGCUGCCUUCUGCACCCAGACUCUGCCCUGGGGACCCUGGGGCUGCAGGGACCAGGCUGGGCCUUGACCCUGGGUGUCUGAUGCUUGCAGGAGAGUGAAGCUUUGCCCCCUCCCUGACCACUGCAGUGGCUUCCAAGUCCCGGGCCUGAGAUUGCUGCCUUGCAGUGACCUCGUCGGAACCCAGGACUAGAUUUCAGAGACCCAGCGAGGUGGGACAGAAGAGAGGACACUGUGCCUUUAAAUGAAGGGGUGCGUGCUUCUUGCAAUAAAAGCCAAAGCCAUUAAAAAA